UGAACCGAAUAUUCUAACAUAAUGAGUGGGGACAAACUAAUUGAUGAUGUCAGUAUUGCAAACACACAAAGGAGAGGAGGGAAAAGAAAAUCCAGUGAGAAGGAUAAGAAUGAUAAAAUGAAAGAUGCAGGAUUAGGAGACAGCAGUGUGAGGUCUGCUACUUUCAAUAUGAUUACCCAGAUAAGUUUCCGAGUGAUAACAUUUAUCCUAAAUGCCUUUGUUCUCCGCCAUAUUAGCAGAGAUGUGAUGGGCCUGAUCAACGUGAGACUAAAUUUGUUGGACGAUACUAUUCUCUUCCUUAGUAGAGAAGCUUUUAGAUUGGCAUGUUUGGGACAUAGGGGCAAAGAGGGUUGGGAUGGAGUUCUGAAUCUAAUGUGGUGUUGUGUCCCUCUAUCUAUUGUUUGGUCGACUGUGUUGGGUUGGGUUUGGGUAAAUAUUCUCUCCUCGCCUCCAGAGGAUCUCAAACAACAGUAUGAGACGGCUGUGAUACUAGUUUCCUUUAGUGGAAUAAUACAAAUGUUUGCUGAAGUGCCCUGGCUCAUAGCUCAAAUAUUUCUUUUCGUAAGGUUACGUGUAAUAAUGGAUUUUAUCUGGAUGCUAACUCGAGUUCUCUUCUUGGUGAUUGCUGUUUCCUUGUACCCAGAUAAUGUGGUUUAUAUUUGGGCUGUUGGCCACUUCAUUGCGGGUCUACUUUAUGUCCUCGGUUACUAUUUUGCUUUCUUCUUAAUCUUGAAGUUCGGAAAUAAAGAUCCCCACGCUAAAUGUUCUCAUUCCUCUGCCUUACCUUUCAACAGUUUACGACAGUUUUUUCCGACAUUCGACAAGACAACCUUUCCAGUUAACCAGGAAUACAGGCGCGUAACCGUAAGCUUUCUGGCUCAAGGAUUGAUGAAGCAGGUUCUAACAGAGGGAGAAAGAUACUUGAUGACAUUCCUCAACCUUCUCUCUCUUAGUCAGCAAGGAAUAUAUGACGUGGUUUCCAACCUUGGUUCUUUAGCAGCCAGAUUUAUAUUUCGACCAAUAGAAGAAAGCUGUUAUUUAUUCUUCAGUCAACAGAUUUACUUCAUAAAUUUUCUUGCUCAGUGGGUUCGAGGAAAGGAUUGGAAGGAUCAGGAUGAAGAUAUGCGUCAGAAAGUGGAGCAAGGUCUCUUCAGAGUACUUAGAUUGAUGGUUCUACUUGGUCUUGUUAUAUUUACUUUUGGGUUUUCCUAUUCCGACCUUUUACUCAGAAUUUAUGGAGGACCACAUCUAGCAGUGGACGGUGGGACUGCACUUCUCAGAGCUCAAUGUCUUCUCAUCUUUUUUCUUGCUGUUAAUGGUGUGACGGAAUGCUUUGUGCGGUCCGUCAUGACGGAACAGGAGAUCAACAUGUUUAAUAAGAAGCUUGUGUUCCUGUCUUGUAGUUAUCUUCUUCUUACCUGGGCGAUGACCAGCUCUAUGGGCGUGCUAGGAUUAGUGGGGGCUAACUGCGUCAAUAUGGGGAUACGCAUUUAUUUCUCUAUUGAAAUUAUUCAGAAAACAUUCGCCAACUUGGAUCCAUCGCCUAUUCAAGGCUUGUUCCCUGAAAAUGAUAUGCUGUAUAUUCUGCUCUGCUCUGGUACCUGCUGUCAACUCUCAGAGCAGUAUAUAUACGCUUGGAGUCCUGCAGUUCAUUUUCUUCUCGGAGCUUUACUUUUCUUUGUAGUUGUGGCUUCAGUUGUCAUCAAAGAAGAUUUUAUUCUCUCAUUCCUUGUAGAAAAAUAUAGAAACAUAAAACUUAAAAUUAAAAAAGAAUAAAGUUGGUCCAUGGAUGUGACUUAAUAAAGGCUGCCUCCCAAGUCACUUAUUCCAAGCAGAUAAUUUUCCAAAUAUUUAUUAUUUUUAGAGUAGUUAAUCCCAAAUUGUUUAUUCUUAUAUUGUUUUCCCUUCAUACCAAUUCAGGUUGAAAAGGAAAGAUUUUGAGAGUUAAUCAAUAAUCAUGUAUGCUGCUUUGGUAAACAAAAAAUUAGCCUUAUGUACGUUUAGAAAGUCGCCUUAAUGAAAACGUGACUUGGAAAACACUUCUGGGAAAAACGUAACUUACCUCACAUUAAAAAGAAGUAUAAUCUGUGAUAAUAUCUUUUUGUUUUAUAUUUACACGCCAGUAUGAUGUUUGACCGUUUUACUUAUUUAUACAUUUAAAAAGAUGAAAAA